UCGCAGCAGAAUGAAACCGAAACCAUUGCCGCUCAUCGAUCCAGUCUAAAACCCUAACCACGCUCUUCUUCAACCCUAAACAACGGCUCGAUCAAGCACUUCCCGGAAUCAUCAUCAUCAUCUUCAUUCGCGAUACAUACAUAUUCAUGCUGUAUAAUAUCUUCAUCCGCAUUCGAUGCAGAGCCAUGAAUGCCCAUCUGUACAGUGAAAAUGGUUUCCGCCUUUGAAUCUAUAUGUUUCUUCGCCCAAAGGAUGCUAAUUUUCCUUCGCAGCCUCUACGGAACCGGACGGAGAGCUUUUUAUUCAAGUGUGUUGUUGUCAAGUACUCGGAGCCAUAAUAAUUGCGUCUAUAGUUGUUCCUUGAAUGUCUCGCAAUUGGCUUCUCCGAUUCCGUACGCUUUCUUGAGCUGGAUUACUGGAUUUCUUUGUUUCUCUCCAUAUCCAUUUUCCUCCAAAGCAAGUUUAGGCGAUUUCAGUGUAGUUUUUGACAGGCAAUUGAUUUGUGAGAUUGUUAGAGAAGAGAAGUGGGAUGAUUUUAGGAUCAUUAGCUUGUUCAAUUCGGCUUUGGCUCCAAUAUGGGUUUCGAAAAUUUUGGCGGACUUGCAGGGAAACCCGUCCUUAGCGUUGAAGUUCUUCAGAUGGGCUGAAAGGCAAACUGCGUUUCGCCACACCACCGAGUCCUAUUGUAUACUUGCUCACAUACUGUUUUGUUCAAGAAUGUAUGUUGAUGCUCAUAAUAUACUUAAAGAGUUAGUUACUUCAAAUCAAGUGUUGCUGGGUUGUGAUAUAUUUGAAGUCUUGUGGUCAACAAGGAACGUUUGUGUUCCAGGUUAUGGAGUAUUCGAUGCAUUUUUUAGCGUCUUGGUUGAGCUAGGAAUGCUAGAUGAAGCGAAUGAGUGUUUUUUGAGGAUGAAGAGAUUUAGAGUUUUUCCUAAAGUGCGAUCUUGCAAUUACCUUUUGCAGAGUCUAUCAAGGAGGGGUAAAACUGAACUAUCCAGGAAGUUCUUUAAGGAUAUGCUUGCAGCUGGAGUUGUGGCAUCUGUUUUUACCUACAAUAUAAUGAUAGAUUGUAUGUGUAAAGAAGGAGAUGUGAAAGCUGCAAGAAGCUUGUUUGAGCAGAUGAAGCAACUGGGUAUGGCACCAGACAUUGUUACUUAUAAUUCUCUUAUUGACGGUCAUGGAAAAUGUGGACAAUUAGAUGCCUCUGUUAGUAUAUUUGAAGAAAUGAAGGCUGCGGGUUGUGUCCCCGAUGUUGUAACAUAUAAUUCUUUGAUCAAUUGUUUUUGUAAAUAUGAAAGAAUGCCAGCGGCAUUUAAGUUUCUCCAUAAGAUGAAGGAAAGUGGUUUGAAACCAAAUGUUGUGACUUACAGCACAUUCAUUGAUGCUUUUUGCAAGGAUGGGAUGAUGCAACAGGCCAUCAAGUUCUUUAUGGACAUGAGGCGGGUUGGUCUUAUCCCAAAUGAAUUCACAUAUACUUCUCUCAUAGAUGCAAAUUGUAAAGCGGCAAAUUUUAGUGAUGCUUUAAAGUUGGUCAAGGAGAUGUUAAAUGCAGGAGUUCAGUUGAACAUUGUUACAUACACAGCACUAUUGGAUGGUCUAUGCAAAGAAGGGAGGAUCAAUGAAGCUGGAGAAGUUUUUAGAGAAAUGCUGAAAGCUGAGGUAGCUCCAAACCUGCAAAUAUACACUGCCCUGGCUCAUGGUUAUCUUAAGGCAAAAAAGACAGAUGAGGCCAUUGAUAUUUUGAAAGAAAUGAAAGAAAAGAAUAUUCAACCAGAUUUACUGACAUAUGGGACUAUCAUUUGGGGUCUUUGCAACCAAGGAAAGGUUGAUGAAGCUAAGGUUUUGUUUUCUGAAAUGAAAGCGUGUGGUAUGGAAGCAAACCAAUAUAUUUACACAACCCUUAUGAAUGCUUAUUUUAAGGAAGGGAAAGCCGCACAGGCACUGAAUAUGCUACAGGAAAUGCAGGAUUUGAAUAUUGCCCCUACAGUGGUUACAUAUUGUGUACUGAUCGAUGGAUUGUGUAAAUUGGGAUUGGUUCAGGAGGCCAUGAAUUAUUUCCACAGGAUGCCAGACAAUGACUUGCAACCAAAUCUUCUUGUUUACACAGCCCUAAUUUAUGGUCUUUGUAAAAGUAAUUCCAUGGAAACUGCCAGAAAUCUGUUCGAUGAAAUGCUGAGCAAGGGUAUGCUUCCAGAUAGAACUCUGUAUACAUCAUUGAUUGAUGGGAACUUAAAGCAUGGGAAUAUUCAAGAAGCCUUGGAUUUGCAAAAGAGAAUGAUUGAAAGUGGUUUGGCGCUUGAUCUUCUUGCCUACACCUCUUUGAUUUCGGGGCUUUCAAAAUGGGACCUAAUGCAACAGGCAAGGAACUUGUUCAAUGAAAUGAUUGAGAAAGGGGUGCUUCCAGAUAAUGUUGUUUAUGGUUGUCUGUGGAGGAAGUAUUAUGAGCUAGGCAAGAUGGAUGAAGCUCUUGAAUUGCAAAACGAAAUGUUGAAAAAGGGUCUUAUUACUGACAUGAGUGAUUAUCGAAUUCCUGAUGUUCAAACUUGAGAGGUGCUAAGUUUAUAUCCAUCCCUGGUGGUGAUUCUUAUGCCUUGGCACAAUCAAGGCAAUGGCUUGUGCGUUUUUAAUUGAGAGGAACAAGAUCCACAGAAACACAGAGGCUGUGAAAUAUUCCAGAUUAAUGGGAAUGACUUGCUAUAACCUUUGGUUGAUUCUGUUUUUGCUAAUGGGAGACCCUUAUGGCUUUUGGGGUGUGCAUGGUCACUGUUGGCUCACAGCAUAUUGCUGAGAAGUUGACAAUCAGAGUUGCUGUCAGGAGGGAGUUAGAUUCCUGUUUUUUUGGUUCAAAUAUGUCAAAUGAUUUUACUAGCCGCCAGGAUCUCAGGUUGGAGUUGUGCUAUCUUGGGCAUGAUAUUUCAUGGCUUAAUGAAGUGAAAGUUAACUGCUGUUUGGGAAACAGACCUUUCAAGGAUAUAUUGCCAGGACUUCCUAUUUGGGGCCGGCACGUGUCAUGAGAUAAGAAACCUUUCAUGUUUCCUGAUAAUUGCUACUACUCUUUUAAGGAAUCGCUUUGUGUGAUUUUAUCUGUGUCAUGAAGUAAUCCAGCAAGUUGUUUCCACGAGCUCGAUAAUCAGCCAGGUGUACCUUCUGCUAACACAUCACAUAUGGGAUCUUUUCUGGAGGAGUAUGGAAGCAGGCUCAUGGUUGUGGAUUUUUAUGCACAAAUACUGUCCUGAAGUGAAGGUAGCAGCAUAUUCUCGUUUCCCGUGUCUGACCUUUAAGAAGUUUCUUUUUAGUUGUUUGCAUUGUAAAUGCAUAUAGUGAGACAGUUUUUGUUGCUGUAUUUGCUCAAGAAAAGUAAUCCUGCUACUUGUAAAGGCAAUUAAACCAACUCUUUUGAUGUAUAUAUAAUCUGAGAUGUUCAAUCUAAUCCCUCCUAGAUGCUGGGGGUGGUGGCUCCAAGCAGGCUUCAGUGACCAGAAAUCUCUAUUUAGUAUUUACCAC